UGAAGAAAGUGUUCCGGUGAGAACAGCCUUACCGACCUGCGGGUGGCGCUCUACUAGUGACGGCAGCUGUGACAACGAGUCAGAAAACAGGUGAGGAACUAUCCUAACUUUGAUGCGGUGGUUAGAUUAACUUGCUUGGGACCAUAUCGCAAGUAGAACUGGGUUGGAAUACCGAGCUGAGCCGACUCCAAAGACUGCACUAUCUACUACCCAGGCUCACCAUAGACAGAACGGCUGACUGAGGGAGUGUAUACAAGGAGACAGAGGGAAGUAUAACGACUUCAUAGGUGCCUCUGUGGUAUGCCCGCAUUAGCGUCUUGCUAAUUGAAAGGCGCGAAAGAGCGCCAUUACUGACAGACACCACUGAGCAGCAGUGAAGGAGAAGACGCCUCUAUACCCUGCAAGAGAAAGCACUACAGAGCUCUAAGGUCCGACACAGAAGCGCAACAGGUACAGACACUUUUAAUGUACAGGCGUUCUGGCAACUUAGUUAAUCUAACACUUAAGUCACUUAUACUUGUGAGCUAAGAAGAGAUAGACAGUUAUAUUUGAGGAACAGUAGUUUCUCAUAAUCGCAACUCACAAUCUCAUUGGCAAACUACUUAUAUCAGACAUUGGUGUUGUUUCAUUAUGGAGUCCCAGCUAAUCUCUAUGCUGCAUGAUUUAAUCACCUCAUUAGACAAUCACACAAGUUCCCUUAAACAGGAGAUAAAGGAUGCUUUUAAUAUUUCCUCGAGUAAAAUGGAGGGGCAUGAAGUGAGAACCGAGGAUAGAGAUUCGGCCAUUUCAAGUGUACCUAACUCAGGGCCCCUAAUAUACCUAACACCGAUGAAAUAUAUUUUCCCGCUACCUAGCACUAAAAGUGAAGCUGCUUGUGAAUCACUCCAGGAGCAUACCGCAUUACUUCCCACAGCCCACGAGUCAGGUGUUAUGGUACUUCCAGAACGGAAUCAGCAGAAUGGGGAGGAUGGUCAACUAACUGGGCUAAAAUUGCACAUCGCCACACUUGGAGAGCCUUACUGGUCCUUGGCUUGUAAUCAGAGCGGACCGACCGGUCGCAUGGUUGCGGCUCGGGCACAGGGACACCCUUCUAUGGAGGAGGACCCAGAUUUCAGAUCUAAGGUUGAAUCGGUUUAUGCCAAGUUUCAGAAGAUGGCUGCAAACUAUCGCCAUGUGGCGAACUAUAGAGAGCACUCAUGUUUAGAAUGGGACACAAAACGCCGGAUGACUAUUCUUGCUGACAAAGACUUGCAUGUAUUCCUAAGAACUGGUGUGGGCUAAGAAGUUGCCUUAACUCUGAU